CAAUCGGCGCAAAAUAUAAGCAUUUGGCUGCAAGAAGUCUUUAAGUUAUCACAUGUUUUUAGUGCAAAUGAAGAGAGAGCAACUCAAUUUAUUCUAGCCGUUUUUAAAUUUAGCUGCAAAAGUAAAACUUAGAAUAAAAACGAGAUGGUGAAGACACGAAAAGCAAGGCUUUGCUAUUACAAGUAAGGAAUUCAAACCAGAAAUUAUCGACUUAGAUCCAAGAGCAAAAAGCAAUAUUGAGAAAUUAAUCAAAUGAAACCAUCGAAUUAAAAAAAAACUGCCAGAGCCUCGACGUGAGAGAUUGGUUUUUCCAUAUAUUCAAUCAUUUAUUCGCUGGUGUUCUCGAUUGUUUCGACUAACCGAGCCGAAACUAUUUGGGUAUCGAACAUGCAAGUACUUGUUUAAGCUUUUCUUAGGAGCUCAGAAUUUUGAUUGUGGUCCGCUGAAAGUUUGCUAAUCCCGUACUAAAACGUUCUAGACGUCUUCACAGAGUUUCAGUCUAUAGCUUAAGCGUCUAACAAUGACGCUGUACACCUAUAUUAACAAGCGAGCUUUUGUCUGCGAAGGCUUGUCAGUUCAUCCUGCUGAUCACAAAUUUUGGACUAAAGACGUCAAUCUGUUUCACAAAAACAGAAUCAAUAAUUGUGCCUUAUCAUUCAUGUCGAUCGUAGGACACGAAUUAAGGUCGACAGAUCCAGACGCAGAGCUCCAUCCGACAGAGCAACAAACCAUCCCUUGAACCAGCAAAAUUGCUUAUAAGUGUUUAGCAUUUCGUCAACUUAUCAUUAGAUUUGACCAAUAUUGCGUUGGAGAUGGCAUGAUUCGGCGCAUUUCUUGCAUAGUCGACUGCUGACAAAUUAGCAUUUGCGUCCACAGUCAUUUUGAAGUAUGAAAAUACCCGUGAGGUGUGUAGUGAUAGGAAACACAGGUGCAAGAAAGCUACCACUGUUUCGUGUAUAUACGCUCAUUUUAAAACUCUUUACCUUGAUGACGCAGUGACGUGAUGUGGUGGACGGUAAAAUGAAGACGGCGGCAUCACAAUCACAAAUGGAUGCCUCAUGCUUAUUGUUUCAAGAAGAAGAAAUUUGCUCAAAUUUUCGAUAUGAUGCUGAUACAUACCAGUUUAAGGAUGACAUUUGAAAGUAGCAACGCAGUAUGCGGAGGAUUUCAAUUUGUAUCAUUUACUAAAAGCUUUGUUUGAGCUGCGUUGUCAUAGUGAAAGUUCUGGCAAAAAACGAGAAACCUUCCAUGUAUAUCUCAACAUGAAUGAACACUUGAUCAACGUUCGAUCUUUGGAUGUCGGCUAAAUUUGGACAAGUUAAUAUAUCACUAAAACUCAUAGUAUCCUUUCUGAUUAUUUUGCUGGCGUGAUACUUUUAAAUCUGCAGUAUCCAAUAAUUCGGUGAGAUGUCUUCGGUACAAUUGGGCGUAAAGGGGAACUUGUGAGUUGUCAAAGAAGGUUCAAGAGCGAUCAGCUUUAUUUCAAUAUGUAUUACAUGCAAGAUGCUGACGUACAUGCUUUCCUUUUGUGACAUCAAGGACGACGUGCACAGGACAACCAACCCCGAACUCAUAAUGCAACGCCAUUCCCUUUUAAAAGGGAUUUGUAAAAAGGUACUUCUCUAAUAAUAGCAUAUAAAAAGUUUGUCAAGAAAUAC